AUGACAUACAAUUGUGACGGAUUAAAUAAUACAAAUACGACCAACUUAACAAAUACUGUCGUUGAAAGUAAUGAAUUGUCUUUAGACAAUAUCUUCUUCAUUAUUAUAAAUAUUAUUUUAAUGGUUUUUAUUUGUCCCGGAAAUAUCUUGACCAUUGUAGCGGUAUGGAGAACUCCUAUAUUAAGAACUGUACCCAAUAUGUAUGUUGUGUCUCUUGCUGUAGCAGAUCUACUUGCCGGAAUGGUUCUUCCAAUGCAGAUUUUGAAUUUCAUUCCUGCUUUGAAGACAACUCUCUCUGUAUCUAAAUAUUUCUGUUUAUUUCGACACGUAACUUUCUUCGUAUCAGUGACUGCUUCUGUGAUCAGCAUGGUAAACAUAGCUUUUGAUAGAGCUUUUUAUAUUGGAUAUCCAUUUAAAUAUGAGAUGUAUUCUACUGCAGUGAAAACUGGUUGUUUUAUAACCUUCACUUGGACGUUUUCUGCGUUACUGGGAAGCAUACCACUUUAUUCUAAUAACUGGACACCCUGCAGUAAUUGUAAUAUAUUUACAGUUUUAACUAAACAAUACCAAGUAGAUAUAUUAGGUACAAGUUUUAUUGUGUGUUGUAUUCUCACUAUAUUAUGCUAUGGUUAUAUUCUUCGUAUCGCUAAACAACAACAAUCGAAAAUAACAGAAUUUGAAAUGGAGCCGUCGAAACACCGUGCAAAAGAAAAGGACCUCAGACUCGUCAAACAAUUUUGUUUAGUUUUUGGAAUAUUUUUUGUGUGUUGGAUACCAGCAUUUUUGUCGGUAAUCAUAGGCCAUCAUGGCGGCUAUGUUCCACCCAUUGUAACAAACAUUGUAGUUCCCAUUGCUAUUCUGAAUUCUGGUAUGAAUUUCAUAGUAUAUGCAGUUAAGAACAAAGAAUUUCGUCACGCAUUUGCUAAAAUGCUUUGUUCAAAAAAAGACAAUUUAAUUGGACCAACUGUUUUCCGUGUAGAGGUGGAAUCCAGUCCAUUCUGA